AAAGGUGUAAGGAGACAAAAAUGUCGCAGACAAAGAUUACGUGCGUUUCCCAAUGCAGCAUUACUAUGAAGUAUUUUAUAGCCCUUUUAUUGACCAAUUAUAUAGUUUUCGCUCAGAAUGAAGGUGGCCAGAGGUUCGCUGCACAUUUUUCCAAUGAUGAUAAUGCUAACAGCGCAGUACCAAGUAAACCGCUGAGAUUGACAGCAUAUGGCAUAAAUGCCUCAUCAAUCGAACUCUUAUGGUCCGAACCAGAGAACAAGAAUGGCAUAAUCCAUGAAUAUUGGGUGUAUUAUAUGCAUUCCAAUUUAACCGAGGUCAAGACAUUAAGAACGAAUAACGAGACCAUCGACUUUAUGCUGACUGAUUUAGAGCCAGUGACGGACUAUAAAAUUUGGGUGAAAGCAUUCACUGGAAUGAAUGAGGGUGAGCCAUCCGAUCACAUUAUGCAAAAGACUGAUGUUGCGGGUCCCAGUGCGCCCAUAAUCCUGAAUCUUACUUGCCAAUCACGAGAUGCCAUGUACGUUUACUGGUCACGACCCGAGACCUUCUGGAAUUCAAUAGAUUAUUACUAUAUCAUGUAUCGAAAUGAGUUGGCGCACAAGCACCUCGAAAUUGAAAUUCCAACAUCAAAGGAGCAUCUUAAUAGUGGGAUUACAAUACCAAAUCUCACAAUGAAUACAAUCUACGAAUUGAUGGUUUGUGCCGGUACGAACAGUUCCAUCAAUCCACAUUUGAUAAUCCGUGGAAAUUGUAGUGUACCAAGAAGUCAACGGGUAGCAUAUAAUUGUGAUGAAGGACCUUCUACAAUACUUCGUAGAACAAAUGAGCUAAGCGCUGGUGUAAUAGCGGGAAUGAUUUGCGCAAGUUUUGCAGUUUUACUUACAAUCGUUGCACUGAUCUUAAGGAGGCACAUCUUCAGAAAAUGCUUCCAAACAUCCUAUUGCUUCUUGGACUACCCACCAAGGAAUGUACCGACACUCCAGGAAUGGGAGAAUAGCAAGCAGGAUGGUGAAAGCACGACAGUUCCAGUACACCACUUUGUACAACAUGUUGCUGCACUGCAUGCUGAUGGUGACAUUGGAUUCAGCAGGGAAUUCGAAUUAUUCCCAAAGGAGACUGAACUAUAUUUGGCGGAUAAUUCAAAGUCGGCAGAAAAUCAAACGAAAAAUCGUUAUGGAAAUAUUAUUGCAUAUGAUCAUUCCCGUGUCCGACUGCUACCCUGUACUAAUAACCCGCCCAACAAAGGUCAAGAUUACAUCAAUGCUAAUUACAUCGAUGGAUGGCAACGAUCUCGUGCGUACAUUGGGACCCAAGGCCCGCUCCAAUGGACAAUCGAAAGUUUUUGGCGUAUGGUAUGGGAACAACGCGUGUCAAUAAUAGUUAUGAUCACAAAUCUUGUUGAACGCGGACGUGCCAAAUGUGACAUGUACUGGCCGAAAGAAGAACCGGAAAUUUAUGGAAAUAUUCAAGUGACACUUACUAAAGAGGAUAUCAUGGCAACGUACACAGUUCGUACAUUGAAUAUUCGCCAUUUGAAAGUUAAAAAGAAGAAAAAUGGUACAAAUAUUGGUGAACGCACUGUUUAUCAGUAUCAUUAUACUGGGUGGCCUGAUCAUGGUGUUCCAGAUCAUCCAUUACCAGUCCUCAGUUUCAUCCGUAAAUCGUCAAGUGCCAAUCCGCCAUCAGCCGGACCUAUCAUUGUUCACUGCAGUGCUGGUGUGGGCCGUACCGGUGCCUACAUAGUAAUUGAUGCUAUGUUGAAACAGGCCAAAACUAAAGGUGAAGUAAAUAUAUUUGGUUUCCUCAAAUAUAUACGUACACAGCGUUACUCUUUGGUACAAACUGAAGAGCAGUAUAUUUUCAUUCAUGAUGCUCUCCAGGAGGCGAUUGAGAGUGGAGAAACUAAUAUCAAAGCUGAAAAUUUGCAUAAGUUUGUACAAGAUAUGCUAUCGCCAAUGAACACGCAGUCAGAUCCGUGGAAUUCUUUGGAGGCACAGUACAAGCUCGUUACAUCUUGGAAACCGAAGGAUUUUAAUAUAGUAUCGGCGACAAAGCAGUGUAAUGAGAAUAAAAACCGAAAUCCUGAAAUUAUAUCCAUUGAAAGUUCACGAGUGCAUUUAACGCCAAAAGCCGGGAUUGAUGGCAGUGAUUACAUCAAUGCAUCAUGGUUUCCUGGAUUUAAUAGAAAUCGUGAAUUCAUAAUAACGCAGCAUCCACUACGGGAUACCAUAAAAGAGUUUUGGCAAAUGCUUUGGGAUCAUAAUUCACAGACAGUUGUAAUGUUAACAAAAUGCGAUGUGGAUUAUCCAGAGUUUUGGCCAAGUGAAAAGGAGGAAUUGAAAACUGAUAACUUUCGAGUUUAUUUAUGUGGAAUAAAGAAAACUACAGGUGGUGUUGUACUAAGAGAAAUGAUUAUGAAAUCACUUCAAGAUGAUUAUGAAAUGACUGCAAAAGUAAUUCAGUGCCCAACGAAUCAUCGUCGAAUGUGGCCGCAUGACGAUAACCCAACUGCUUUUAUCAGUUUGACACAAGAGCUUCAUAGGGAUUAUCAGAAUGGUCCUAUUGUCGUAGUGGAUAAAUUUGGAGGAAUUGAGGCGGCUUCAUUCAUUGUGCUGACGACACUCAUGAAACAGCUAGAUUAUGAAAAAACUGCCGAUAUUUAUAUGCACUCAAAAUUAUUGUAUAUGAAGAGGCCUGGGAUAUUGCGUUCUAAGGAAGACUAUAUGCUCAUCUACAGAUCCGUAGAGUCGCUUCUGACGUCAGAAGUCAAGGUUGAUCCGGAUGUCUACAUAAUUACCAAUGGCCAUAUCAACUGCUCUAAUGAUUCGAACAAUUCAACCACCACUGAAUCGCCUCAACAGAUUUUAGCAGCUUACACGAUGCAGAAUAUUUCAGUUUGUGAAUUUAUAGGUAGUGAUGUAACAGUGGACCUUGAUACAGAUUAUGGUAGUGCAAAUCGCGUUAAUUCAAUCAACGAACUUGACCGCUCAGUUCAUGAUGGGCAACCAAACUGCGUUGCUUUUGGUAAUCAUCAUAUCAUUUCUGAUAGCAAUGGUGUGCUGCUCAGAGAUCAAAAUUACGUUGUUCACUCUGGUAUCGAUGAUAAUGGUUAUAUCACUAACGGUAACAUGAGAAUAUCACCUGAGGGUAUGGAGGCAAGUUCUACUAUUCGACCUCAAUGAUGGAGGCAUUCUGCGUAUAAUGCUGAACAUACAUUAUCGGGUUCUAUAUUGAAACAAAUUGUUUCUAAUCAUAACACUCCCUUCACUAUGAGUCAUUUCGGACUCUGCUGGUAUGGAUAUAACACUACUAUGAGAGUCACAUAUAAAACAAUUUCCAAGACUAGAGACUGCCAAGUUCGUUCUAACUUUGGUCAUUGUAUUUAAAUUGAUCAAUGAAGCGGUAGAUUAAAUGACUUCUCAGGCCCGAGCUGUGGGAAGAUAUUCAAAAAGAACUAACAGAUUAUUUCGAGAAUAAUCAAAAUACAAGAGAAGUAGUGAAAUGUUUUGAGUAUCUGAAAUUUUAUUUCCCACAGAAAAGGGUCCCUGGUGUUCAAUUGCAUCCAUUGGUUGAAUACUUAUUCGCGACAUAAAUAGCACAAAAUUCUGAACCUCAUAUGCUCGUUUCAGAGAAAAAUAGUGAUAAUCUGUAACACAGAAUAAGACUUUGUUAUGGGUGGAAUCUGUAACACGAACAAAUUGAGUGUAACGAUAACAGCUCAAGAGUCGAUUUCAAUGCAUUUAAAGUAUUCGCUAUCAAAAGUUGGUCGUAAAUUUUAAUAGUAGUACCGAACAAUCACUCAUAGUUUAAUUUUUCCACAGUGGGGUACCCAGUUGGGACCAUUCUUUUACAGCGAAGAGUACACAAACGUGUUUGGAUUGGUGUUCCUAUGUGUUCUUGUAAUACUGUAUGUCGAUAUAAUUUUAUCAAGCUACCAGUCCAUUUCAUGACGGAACAAAAAAACCUUACAUUGUUGUUAAUAAAGAAUAAUUGUAAAUGUGAGUACACAUAAUCUACGGCCUAUCCAAUAAAUCCUGGUCGCCAAAGAAUUUAGAAACAGUGGGACUUGUAUCUUGUUAUGCAGAACUAUUGAAAAGGAUAGUCCCGGUCGAACGGAAGUAGGUUAUCCAAAACCAUACAUCAAGCAGAACAAAAAUACAAUCUUAGUGAAACUGGGUGAUCGAA